AUGUUCGUUCAAGGACCACAAAUGGUCCCACAGGGAUCGGAAAUUUCUGAGGAAUCUAGUGAAGAAGAUGCUACUGGUGAUGAUAUUCUUCAGAAAAGACGAGAAGAAUGCGAGAGAAAAGCCCGUCGUGGGGAAAUGGAUCCACGUCUCGAAUUUGCUUUUCAAUUAUUAAUGGACGCAACGGGACUUCCUCGUCAUGAAGUUAUGGAUAAUGUUUUUGAAGGUGAUAUGCUGGAUGAAAUUAAUCAAUUAUUCUUGCCACAUAUGAAAUCAACUCUCAUGUGGUAUUAUCAAGAAGUUGACGAACCGGAAAUUCUUAAAAUAACCGAGACGGUAACAACAAAUAAGACUUCCACUAGACAACAAGGAAAUGCCACAGUGCCAAAAGUGAAAGAAAUAAAAGAACAAAAAGAUCCACCGAAAAAAAAAUUAUUCCUCACUGAUGGUUGGCAAAUUCCAUGUACAGGAAUAUGUGUCUAUAUGUUUCGAAUCAGUGUCACGAAACAAUUACCAGAAGAAGGUUUUCAAAAAGAUCUCUAUACAGGCGUAAUAGAUACUAAAAAAGUUGGAGUGAUACCAUCAAUACAAAGAAUUGUGGAAUUUGUUUUUAUGGAUGCAUUAGCACAUCCUGGAAUUGAGGACGACGAUGAUUGUCCAAUGAUCAAAAGUCUUUUACUUCCUGGUUUACGAUCAUUUUGUAGCGCUUUAAAAGUUUGCGAGGAAGUUGCUCAAGAUGGAAGCAUUUUUGAUGAUGGAGAAUUAUUAAUGGAUGAGAUUCAUAAUUUUGAUGAUGCAAAAUUAUUUAUUUCAAAUAUUCAAUCAGCUGAAAAAGUUGAAGAACGAGUUCGUAUUUGGACAAAAAAAUUGAAAGAUUUUAUUCUUGAGAGCAAACAAAUUCGAAGAGAGAAUGAUUGUUCUGGUCCACAACAAGAAUUAGAAUAUUGGAAACGUAGAGGAGCACAAUUUAGUCAACUUGUUAAAAAAUUACAGGAACAUGAAAUAAAAAUGUCUCUCUUGUGUCUUCAAGUAAUGAGAUCGAAAUUAAUUAAAAAUUGGGUUGAUACAGAAGACGAAGUAAUUUACUGCUUUAAUGAGGCGAAGGACAAUGCAAAAUUUAUUCAAGCCUUAGAAAAAUGUUGUCAUUGCCUCUAUCUUGAUGAUCCGGUGAGAAUGCGAGAUUCAUUGGUGUCACUUUUGCAAACUGUUAGAUUGAUUUACAGUGUUUCGAGAUAUUACAACACUUCAGAAAGAACAAGUUCAUUAAUGGUGAAAAUUACAAAUCAAAUGAUUGCAGCAUGUAGAGAUUACGUUACUCAAAGAGGACGGGAAAAUGUUUGGACACAGGAUAGAAAUAUUGCGAGACAAAGAUUAAAACAUUGUUUACGAUUAAAUAAAGCAUACAGAGAAACAUAUCGCCUCGUUAGAUGUUCACCAGCAAUAACAGAGAAGGAAUUUAUUUUUUCCGAGACACAAGUUUUUGGAAGAUUUGAUUCAUUUUGUGCAAGAAUUAAAAAUAUUUUAACAAUGUUUGAUCUUAUUGAAGAUUAUCAGGGAUUAUUUAAAAGAAGAAUGGAGGGUUUAUUAUUAGGGGAAGCUCUAGAUGAAGCAAUGAAAACUUUUGAUGAGGCAAAAAAAAUUGCUACCAGUAAAUCUUAUGAUUAUUUAGAUCCAAGAAAUUUGGAAUUCGACAAAGAUUAUAAUGAAUUAAUGAAAAAAACUGAUACAUUAAAAAAAGAUAUCGGUGAAAUUAUUGAAAAAAAUUAUGCCGAUGUUUGGGAAACGCCACAAAGCAUUCGUUUUUUAACUCGUUUUGAAAGUGUGAGUGAAAAAAUUCCAUUAACAAAAUUAGAUGAAAAAUAUGUGAUGGUUGUACGCUAUUGUGAUAAGGAAAUUGAACGAAUUUUGAAAUUGUUCAAAAAACAAAAGGACGAUCCACCAUUGCCAAGACAUUUGCCGCCAAUUGCUGGAAGAUUAAUUUGGGCACAUUCAUUAAAGGUUCAUUUGAAUGAUCUUGCACAUUCAGUUUCAAGUCAUCCAAUUUUAAAAACUUUACCUGUAACAGCUGAUCUUAUAAAAAGAUAUAAUCAUGCAAUUUCUGUUAUUUCACAAUAUCAAACAGACAUUGGUGAAGUUUGGACACAUCAAAAUUCAUGGGUGAUUGAAGAAGCAUUAAAAAAACCAUUAUUGGCACUCGAUCAAGAAAGUAAGAAAGUAAAAGUCAAUUUAGAUAGUCGAAUUUUGCUUCUUCUUCGUGAAUCCGAUUGUUUAGUGAAAAUGAAAUUGGAAUUGCCAGUGGUGGCAUUGACAAUUCUUUCCAAAAAGGAGCAUUUUAUAUUAAUAAACGAUUCACUUCAACUUUUGAUGGAUGAAUUUGUGUCAACGUCAAGAAGAGUAAAAUUAGAAGUGAGACCAUUGUUAUUGCCCCAUCUUGUACGUGUAUCAUCACUUUUAACAUCUGGUCUUGUCACAUUAAAUUGGACAAAUAAAGAAUGGAAGACAUUUUAUCAAAAUACUCGUGAUCAAAUAAAAACUUUUGGUAUUCUCAUAACUCGUGUUCACGACGUCUAUACAAACAGAAUUUUACAGGUAUUGGCAAGUAUGCAAAAAAUCACUCUUCAUUCACUACCGGAAGAUGAGCCAUGGAAUGUAGAAAAUUUUAUAGAAAAAAUUGAAGAAACUUGCAGAACAGCUGCUGAAGAUUUGAAUCGAAAGAGUAAAAUGGUGGAAGAAGCUGUUGAAGAAGUAUUGGAUCUUGUUAGAAAUGCAGCAAUUGCUUUCAAAAGUGAAGCCGAUUCUGAUCAAUUUGACUAUUUAAAUGCUGAUUCACAGGAAAAGAAAAAUGAAACAUCUCAACAACAACAACAACAAGAUUGGUCAGUUGUUUGGGCAUGUUUUGAUAAUCCACAUCAAUUAUUAUCAACACCUGGUGGUGGUUUAUCAAAAGGAAUGCAGGAAAUGGUACGAAAUGCUGUUUCUGAAAUGAGACGAUACUAUUCACGAAAAGUUGUUGAUGUACUGAUAAAAGUAACUAAAACAUCAUUGGACGCAAUUAGAAAACGAUUUGUUCUUGAAAUUGAUUCAGAAAAAUCACCACAGCCUGUGUUUUUACUUCAUGCCACAUUAAUGAUACCGUCAGUAAUUGUUAGACACAGUUUAGAUGAAGUUCAAGAUGCUUUAACAGCAAUUGGAAGAACAAUAUCUGGAGUAUCAAAAGGUGUAUCACAAUGGAAUGCCGGUGGAAGUAAAGCAAAUGAAAAGCAUCAUUGGAAGAGUUUACCAUGGGCACCGAAAAAGAAUUUAGUUGAUAUUGUGAAAAAUGCACAAGUCGACGCCGAAAAAAAAAGUCAAGAAAAUCCAGAAGAUCCAAAAACAAGAAGACGAAGAUUAUAUAAAAUAUUUUCUGAAGAGAAAACUGAAUUUCCUAAUCAGCAACGUAAUUUUUAUUCUCUAGUAAUGGAGAAUAAGGAAAUUAUCAAAAUGUUAGGAUUAUUAAGUACAUGCACAAUGGAUUUAAAACAGGAUCUUAAUGAUUUUAUGGAUAGAUGGAAACCAUAUAAAUUUUUAUGGAAAAAUGAAAAAAGUGUUAGGGAACUAUUACAAACAUCAUUGACAAAUUUUGAAAGUAUGCUAAGAAAACAUGGUGAAUUGGAAGAUAAAUUGGCAACGGAACCAGAUAUGGUGAUUCUUGGCUCAUCAAUUGCAAUAGCAACAGAAAAACUUAAAUACGGACUCUAUAUGGACAUAAAAGGAUCGACGCAUAAAAUUGGACAAGCGAUGAAAAAAAAAUAUCGAAGAGAAAUGGAAUAUGUUUAUGCGGUUAUUAAUGAAAUGGAAAGAAAAUUAGAUCGACAAAUACGUGAUUUGGAUGAUGUUCGUUUAAUAAUGGAGACAUUGAAAAAAAUACGCGAACAAGAAGUUGAUAUGGAAUUAAAAAUUGAUCCAAUUGAAGAGGCAUUUAAUAUUGUAACAAGAUAUGAUGUACCCGUUGAUCGUGAAUGUCUUGAACAAGUUGAUAAUCUUCGUUACACAUGGCAACAAUUGCAAGCGCGUGCAUUGGAUAGUCAUGUUCUUUUAUUAACACUUCAGCCACAAUUUGAAGAGGAAUUAAAAAAUAAUUUAGAUAAAUUUCGUUAUGAUAAUGAAAAUUAUUGCGAUGAAUAUAGACAUUCAGGUCCAAUGCAAUCGGGUUUAACGCCACGUGAGGCGUCAGAUCGUCAAAUUUUAUUUCAAAAUCGUUUCGAUGGAAUGUGGCGAAAAUUGCAAACCUAUCAAAAUGGCGAGGAAUUAUUUGGAUUGCCAACAACUGAUUAUCCUGAAUUAUCACAAAUAAGAAAGGAGCUUAAUCUUCUUCAAAAAUUAUAUAAAUUAUAUAAUGAUGUUAUUGAUAGAGUUAGUAGUUAUUAUGAUAUUCCAUGGGGUGAAGUUAAUAUUGAAGAGAUAAAUAAUGAAUUAAUGGAAUUUCAAAAUCGUUGUCGCAAAUUGCCAAAAGGUUUAAAGGAAUGGCCAGCAUUUUUUGCAUUGAAAAAAACAAUUGACGAUUUUAAUGAUAUGUGUCCAUUAUUGGAAUUAAUGGCAAAUAAAGCAAUGAAACCACGUCAUUGGCAAAGAAUUGUUGAGGUAACUAGUCAUAUAUUUGAUUUAGAAAGUGAGGGUUUUUGUUUAAAAAAUAUUCUCGAAGCGCCAUUAUUAAAGCAUAAGGAGGAUAUUGAGGAUAUUUGUAUUUCUGCUAUGAAAGAAAAGGAUAUUGAAGCUAAAUUAAGACAAGUUGUUAAUGAAUGGUCAUCGCAUGAAUUGACAUUUAUGACAUUUAAUAAUAGAGGUGAAUUAUUAUUAAGAGGUGAUACAACAGCAGAAACAAUUGGACAACUUGAAGAUAGUCUAAUGAUAUUGGGAUCAUUAAUGUCAAAUCGUUAUAAUGCACCAUUUCGAAAGCAAAUACAACAAUGGCUUGGCGAUUUGUCAAAUACUAAUGAAAUUUUAGAAAGAUGGCUAUUGGUACAAAAUAUGUGGGUUUAUCUUGAGGCUGUAUUUGUUGGCGGUGAUAUUGCAAAACAAUUGCCAAAGGAGGCAAAAAGAUUUAGUAAAAUUGAUAAAAGUUGGCAAAAAAUAAUGCAAAGGGCACAUGAAACACCUGGUGUUGUGCCUUGUUGUGUUGGUGAUGAUUUACUUAAACAAUUACUUCCACAUUUACAAGAACAAUUGGAAUUGUGUCAAAAAUCCCUCAGUGGAUAUUUGGAGAAAAAAAGAAUGAUGUUUCCAAGAUUCUUUUUUGUUAGUGAUCCGGCUUUAUUGGAAAUUUUAGGACAAGCUUCAGAUUCACAUACAAUUCAAAAUCAUUUAUUAUCAAUAUUUGAUAAUACAAGAUUUGUCAAAUUUCAUGACAUUGAAUACAACAAAAUGAUGGCUAUUAUAUCAUCGGAGGGAGAAACAAUUAUUCUCGAAAGAGCAGUAAGAGCUGAGGGAUCAGUCGAAACAUGGUUAAUGCAACUUUUACAAACAUCUCAACAAUCUUUACAUUCAAUUAUACGUCAAGCUUAUGUUAUGAUAAAUGAUCAAAAUUUUAAUUUACUACUUUUUCUUGAUAAAAUGCCAGCGCAAGUUGGUAUUUUAGGAAUACAAAUGAUUUGGACAAGAGACGCUGAAUUGGCAUUAAUGCAAGCGAGAAAUGAUAAAAAAAUUAUGAGCGAAACAAAUAAUCGAUUUUUGGAAUUACUUAAUACACUUAUUGAUCAGACAACAAGAGAUUUAACUAAAAUUGAUAGAACAAAAUUUGAAACAUUGAUAACUAUUCAUGUUCAUCAACGUGAUAUUUUCGAUAUUCUUUGCCGAUUAAGCGUUCGUUCAGUAAAUGAUUUUGAAUGGUUGAAACAAUGUCGUUUUUAUUUUAAGGAAGAUCUUGAUAAAACUGCUAUUCACAUAACAGACGUUCAAUUCACUUAUAUGAAUGAAUAUCUUGGUUGUACUGAGAGAUUAGUGAUAACACCAUUAACAGACAGAUGCUACAUUACUUUGGCACAAGCAUUAUCAAUGUCAAUGGGUGGUUCACCUUGUGGACCAGCUGGAACGGGAAAAACUGAAACUGUUAAAGACAUGGGAAAAACAUUAGCAAAAUAUGUUGUUGUUUUUAAUUGCUCUGAUCAAAUGGACUAUAGAGGAUUGGGUCGUAUUUAUAAAGGACUUGCGCAAAGUGGUUCAUGGGGUUGUUUUGAUGAAUUCAAUAGAAUUGAAUUACCAGUUCUUUCAGUGGCCGCACAACAAGUUGCCGUUGUUUUGGCAGCAAAAAAAGAAAAGAAAAAACAAUUUUUAUUUACCGAUGGCGAUCAAAUUGACAUGUGUCCCGAAUUGGGUAUAUUUAUAACAAUGAAUCCAGGUUAUGCAGGGAGAAAAGAAUUGCCAGAAAAUUUAAAAAUUCAAUUUCGAACUGUUGCAAUGAUGGUGCCUGAUAGACAAAUUAUUAUUAGAGUAAAACUCGCGAGUUGUGGUUUUUUGGAAAAUAUCACGCUUGCAAGAAAAUUUUAUACACUUUAUAAAUUGUGCGAGGAGCAAUUAACAAAACAAGUACAUUAUGAUUUUGGUUUAAGAAAUAUUCUCUCGGUUCUAAGAACACUUGGAGCGGCGAAAAGAACAAAUUCCAAAGAUUCUGAAAGUACAAUUGUUAUGCGAGUGCUGAGGGACAUGAAUCUUUCGAAACUAAUUGAUGAGGAUGAGCCACUUUUUAUAUCAUUGGUAGCUGAUCUUUUUCCAAAUCAGGUUCUUGAGAAAACGGCCUAUCCGGAAUUAGAGGCUGCGAUUGAUCAACAAAUUAAGGAGGCGGGAUUAAUUUAUCAUCCACCAUGGGUUUUGAAAUUAAUUCAAUUGUAUGAGACGCAACGUGUUAGACAUGGAAUUAUGACUCUUGGACCAACGGGAGCUGGCAAAACGAGCUGCAUUCAUGUUUUAAUGAAAGCACUGACUCAGUGUGGCGACGCUCAUAGAGAAAUGAGAAUGAAUCCAAAGAGUAUAACAGCGGCGCAAAUGUUUGGUCGAUUGGAUGUGGCGACAAAUGAUUGGACAGAUGGAAUAUUUUCGGCAUUAUGGCGAAAGACAUUAAAAUUGAAACCAGGAGAGCAUGUAUGGUUGGUUUUGGAUGGACCUGUCGAUAGUAUUUGGAUUGAAAAUUUAAAUUCAGUUUUGGAUGAUAAUAAAACAUUGACAUUAGCAAAUGGAGAUAGAUUAUCAAUGGCUUCAACUUGUAAGAUAAUAUUUGAACCACAUAAUAUUGAUAAUGCUAGUCCUGCAACUGUUUCACGUAAUGGAAUGGUCUACAUGAGUUCAUCAGGAUUGGAUUGGAAUCCAGUUGUCACUGCAUGGCUCAAGGGUAGAACGUCACUUGAACAGGAAAUUUUUGAAAAAUCAUUUGAGGAAUCAUUUGUUCAGAUUUACACAUGGACGACCCAAAAUGUAAAUUUGGCAAUUCAAGUUCUCGAAUGUAACAUGGUACGACAAAUGUUAUGCCUUUUGGAAGGAUUAGUACCACAGGAAGUUGAACCGGAGAAUGAAAAUGACGAAGAUGAGAUUGAGAAAUUUCAUCCCCAGCCAAUGACAGCGGAGCAUUUGAAACGAUUUUAUGUUUUUGCACUAAUUUGGGGAAUAGGUUCACUUCUUGAAACUGAUGACAGAUUAAAAUAUGAUCAACAUCUUAGGGAUAAUUUUCAAUUUUUGGAUUUACCAAAAUCAGAAAAGUAUCCAAAAGCAACGAUAUUUGAUUUUUUUGUUAAUGAAAAGGGAAAAUGGGACAUUUGGCAGAGUUUGGUGACAAAUUACAUGUAUCCAGAUUAUGCAACACCUGAUUAUAAUAGUAUUCUUGUGCCAAUAACCGAUAAUGUGAGAAUACAAUAUUUAAUUGAUUUAAUUGGUCGUCAGGAUAGAGCAGUGUUAUUAACUGGUGAACAAGGUUCAGCAAAAACUGUUAUGUUAAAGGCAUACAUGAAACGAGCAAAUCAAGAAACAACAUUGAGUCGAUCAUUUAAUUUUAGUUCGGCGACAACUCCAUAUCAAUUUCAAAAAACAAUUGAAAGUUAUGUGGAAAAACGAAUGGGCAAUACUUUUGGACCACCGGGUGGUAAAAAAAUGUUAGUUUUCAUUGACGAUAUAAAUCUACCACAAAUAAAUGAAUGGGGUGAUCAAGUUACGAAUGAAAUUGUCCGACAGACAAUGGAUAUGAAGGGAUUUUAUUCAUUGGAGAAACCAGGUGAUUUCACUAAUAUUGUUGAUGUUACAUUUUUGGGCGCAAUGGGACAACCAGGUGGAGGACGAAAUGAUAUUCCAUCGAGAUUAAAGAGACAAUUUUGUAUUUUUAAUUGUACAUUACCAAAUGAUUUGUCAAUUGAUCGAAUUUUUAGUGUAUUAGGUGAGGGUCACUAUAAUUCAAAAAGGGGCUUUUCACUAGAAGUGAGAAAUUUAAUAAAGAAAUUAGUUCCAUUGACAAGAGUAUUGUGGCAAAAAACGCGUGACACUCUAUUACCAACACCGGCAAAAUUUCAUUAUGUUUUUAGUUUAAGAGAUUUAUCGCGUAUUUGGCAAGGAAUGGUGGGAACAUUGUCGACAGUGAUUGAAAAAGAAAGUAUUUUAAUGCUUCUUUGGAAGCAUGAAUGCACACGGGUAUUUAGUGAUCGUUUUACAUUGAAAGCUGAUAAAAAUUGGUUUGAUAAAGAAUUAAUUCAAGUUGUUAAGAAUACAUUAGGUGAUUCUUAUGUCGAUAUGAUUGGCCUUGAUCCGGCAUUUGUUGAUUUUAUGAGAGAUGCACCAGAGCCAACUGGAGAAGAAGGUGAGGACACUGAUAUGGAAUUACCAAAAGUUUAUGAACCAGUUUAUGAUCAUCAAAUACUUAGAGAUCGAUUAGAAAUGUUUCUCUCGCAAUUUAAUGAAAUGCAAAGAGGAUCGGGUAUGGAUUUAGUUUUUUUCCCCGAUGCAAUGUUACAUUUGGUGAAAAUAUCCCGUGUUAUUAGACAUCCAAGGGGUAAUGUUAUGUUAGUUGGUGUUGGUGGUUCAGGAAAGCAAAGUUUAACAAAACUUUCAUCAUUUAUUGCCGGUUAUAAAACAUUUCAAAUUACAUUGACAAGAUCUUAUAAUGUUGCAAAUUUUCUUGAGGAUUUGAAAUUUCUCUAUAGAACAUGUGGAGGACAGGGUAAAGGUACAACAUUUAUUUUCACCGAUCUUGAUAUUAAGGAAGAGGGUUUUUUGGAAUAUUUGAAUAAUAUUUUAAGUUCGGGUGUUAUUAGUAAUUUAUUUACACGGGAUGAACAGGCUGAAAUUAUUUCUGAAUUGACACCAUCAUUAAAGAGAGAAAAUCCAAAACGAACGUUAAAUAAUGAAAUUGUAAUGGAACAUUUUUUGCAAAGAACAUGUCAAAAUCUUCAUGUUGUCUUUUGUUUUUCACCAGUUGGUGAGAAAUUUCGCAAUAGAGCACAACGAUUUCCGGCAUUAAUUUCUGGUUGUACGAUAGAUUGGUUUCAGCCGUGGCCACGUGAUGCUUUAACAUUGGUGGCACAACAUUUUCUUCAUGAUUUUGAAAUUGCAUGUACAAAUGAAGUGAAAGGACAAUUGGUGAAUGCUUUAGGAACAAUACAGGAUGUUGUGGCUAAAACAUCAUCGGAAUAUUUUCAAAGAUUUCGAAGAGCCACUCAUGUAACACCGAAAUCGUAUUUAAAUUUCAUUGGUGGCUAUAAAAAUAUCUAUCAUAUGAAACAACAUGAAUUAGGUGAAGGUGCAAAGAGAAUGGACACUGGAUUGGCAAAAUUAGAGGAAGCUUCGAUAUCAGUGGAAAUUUUAAAAAGAGAUCUUGCUGUCAUGGAACAGGAACUUGUGCAAGCAUCUGAGAAAGCAGAGUCCGUAUUGUUGGAAGUCACUGAACGUGCAAUGCAGGCCGAGACAUUUAAAAAUCAGGUGCAAAAAGUAAAAGAGAAAGCUGAACAGCUUGUCGAAUGUAUUGCAAAUGAAAAGGCAUUGGCUGAGGAAAAAUUGGAGGCAGCAAAACCAGCAUUAGAAGAAGCUGAAGCCGCUUUAAAUACAAUUAAACCAGCUCACAUAGCAACUGUGCGAAAAUUAGGACGACCACCUCAUUUGAUAAUGCGAAUUAUGGAUUGUGUGCUUAUUUUAUUUCAAAGAAAAGUUGGUUCCGUAAUUCCAGAUGCAACAGCACAAUGUCCCAAACCAUCUUGGGCAGAAUCGUUGAAAAUGAUGGCCAGUGCAACAUUUCUACUACAAUUGCAAAAUUAUCCCAAGGACAUUAUUAAUAAUGAAAUGGUCGAAUUAUUGCAGCCUUAUUUUAAAAUGGAAGACUAUAAUAUGGAAACAGCUAGACGUGUUUGCGGUGAUGUGGCAGGUUUACUCUCUUGGACAAAAGCAAUGUCAUUUUUUCAUUCCGUUAAUAAAGAAGUUUUACCUCUAAAGGCAAAUCUUACACUUCAAGAAGCAAGACUCAAGAUAGCAAUGGAUGAUCUUGCUGACGCUGAACGUGAACUAUUGGAAAGAGAAAUGGCCCUACAAGCUGUUAAGGAACAAUAUGAUGCUGCAGUUUCAGAAAAACAACGUCUAACCGAAGCAGCUAAUGUUUGUCUCCGAAAAAUGACAGCUGCAACAGCUCUAAUCAAUGGAUUAGGUGGAGAAAAAUUAAGAUGGACCGAACAAAGUAAAGAAUUCAAAGUUCAAUUAGGUCGUCUCGUAGGCGAUGUUCUUUUAGCAACUGGUUUUCUCUCCUAUUGCGGACCCUAUAAUCAACAAUAUCGAGCUACCCUUGUAUCAUCUUGGAUGAAUAUUCUAACAACAAGAACAAUUCCCUUUACACAGAAUUUAAACAUUAUUAAUAUGCUAGUUGAAUCUUCAACAGUUUCCGAAUGGACAUUACAAGGUCUACCAAAUGAUGAACUCUCAGUUCAAAAUGCAUUAAUUGUCACAAAAUCAUCCUCAUAUCCAUUGUUGGUUGAUCCACAAAAUCAAGGAAAAAUGUGGGUCAAAAAUAAAGAAUCCGCCAAUGAACUUCAAAUCACUUCUCUCAAUCAUAAAUAUUUUCGAACACAUCUUGAAGAUAGUUUAUCAUUAGGAAGACCACUUUUAAUAGAAGAUGUGGCUGAGGAACUCGAUCCUGUAAUUGAUAAUGUUCUUGAAAAAAACUUUAUUAAAUCGGGUUCAAUUGAAAAAGUCAUUGUAGGCGACAAGGAAUGCGAUGUUAUGCCUGGUUUUAUGCUUUACAUAACAACAAAACUUCCAAAUCCUGCCUAUAGUCCUGAAAUAUCAGCAAAAACAUCAAUUAUCGAUUUUACUGUUACAAUGCAAGGAUUGGAGGAUCAGCUCUUGGGUCGUGUGAUUUUAAUGGAGAAAUCUGAUCUUGAAGCUGAACGUGUUGCAUUAUUUGAAUCGGUGAUGACAAAUCAGAGAUCAAUGAAAGAACUUGAGAGUACAUUAUUACAUCGACUAACAUCAUCCGAAGGUUCAUUGGUCGAUGAUGAAGCAUUAAUAAAUGUUUUACAGGAAACAAAAUCAACAGCCGAAUCAGUUAAUGAAAAACUUCAGGUAUCAGCACUUACUGAAAAGAAAAUUACUAUUGCUCGUGAAGAAUUUCGAGCUGUUGCUGCACGUGGUUCAAUUCUUUAUUUUUUAAUUGUCGAAAUGAGUAAUGUUAAUGUUAUGUAUCAAAAUUCGUUAAAACAAUUUUUAACAAUUUUUGAUAGUUCAAUAACAAAAUCAAUAAAAAGUUCAAUAACUUUAGAGCGAAUUGAUAAUAUUUUACGUCAUUUAACAUAUGAAGUGUGGGCAUUCACAUUGAGAAGUCUUUACGAAAGGCAUAAAUCAUUAUUUACACUUAUGUUGGCAAUGAAAAUUGAUUGUCAUCGUGGAAUAAUUUCACAUGAUGAAUUUAAUGCAUUUAUAAAAGGUGGAGCAUCACUUGAUCUUAAUGGAGUGACACCAAAACCAUUUCGAUGGAUUUUAGAUAUUACAUGGUUAAAUCUUGUGGAAAUAAGUAAACUUGAAGUUUUUUCUGAGGUACUAACAAAAAUUGAAUUUAGUGAAAAAGAAUGGAGAAAUUGGUACGAGAAGGAAAGACCCGAGGAGGAAGAUUUGCCAUGUGGUUAUCAAAAGAGUCUCGAUGUAUUUAGAAAACUUUUAAUGAUACGUUCAUGGAGUCCUGAUAGGACACUCUCGCAAGCUAAAAAAUAUGUCAUUGAAUCAUUGGGCAAAGAAUAUGGUGAGGCAAAAAUUUUGGAUUUAGAAGCAACUUGGCUUGAAUCUGAGCCACGAACACCUCUUAUUUGUAUAUUAUCAAUUGGUUCUGAUCCAAGUCCACAGAUUACAGUUUUGGCUAAACAAAAAGCAACACAAUUACGAUCAGUGUCAAUGGGUCAAGGUCAAGAGUAUCAUGCAAGAAAAAUGAUAAGUGACGCAAUGAAUGACGGUGGUUGGGUACUUUUACAAAAUAUUCAUUUAUCUCUUCCAUUUUGUACGGAAGCAAUGGACGUUCUUGUUGAGACUGAUAGUAUUCAUGAUUCAUUUCGUCUUUGGAUGACAACCGAAGUGCAUGCACAAUUUCCAAUUGGAUUGUUACAGAUGGCUAUCAAAUUUACCAAUGAACCACCUCAGGGUAUAAGAGCUAGUUUAAAAAGAACUUACCAAGGAGUUAAUCAGGAUACAUUGGAUUAUAGUACACAACCACAAUGGCCACCUCUUCUUUAUGCAGUUGCUUUUCUUCAUACAGUUGUUCAAGAGAGAAGAAAAUUUGGUCCACUUGGCUGGAAUAUACCUUAUGAAUUUAAUCAAGCUGAUUUUGCCGCAUCAGUUCAAUUUAUUCAAAAUCAUUUAGAUGACAUGGAUCCUAAAAAGGGAGUUUCUUGGCCAACUAUUUGCUAUAUGCUAGGAGAAGUACAAUACGGUGGAAGAGUUACUGACGAUUUUGAUAAACGUCUACUUACAACAUUCACUCAUGUUUGGUUCUCUGAUGUUCUUCUUCGUUCGGGAUUUGAAUUUUACAGGGGUUAUAGAGUACCGUUAACGCGAAAUCUUCAUGGUUAUCUUGAUUAUAUAAAUAAUUUGCCAGAGUACGAUACGCCAGAAGUUUUUGGACUUCAUCCAAAUGCUGAUAUUACUUAUCAAAUAAAUACUGCAAAGGGUAUAUUGGACACAAUUUUAAGUGUUCAACCAAAAGAAGGUGGCUCACAAGGUGGUGAAACUAGAGAAAGUGUUGUUUACAGAUUGGCCGAUGAUAUGCUAAUUAAAUUACCAAAACAAUAUAAUUCAUUUGAAGUAAAAGAAUCCCUACAAAGAAUGGGACCACUAUUGCCAAUGAAUAUAUUUUUGAGACAAGAGGUCGACAGAAUUAUGAAAGUGAUCAAAGAGGUGCAUUCUACUUUGACAAAUUUAAAAUUAGCAAUCGAUGGUACAAUAGUAAUGAGCCAAAAUUUACGUACAUCAUUGGAUGCAAUGUACGAUGCAAGAAUUCCUGAUAAAUGGUCAAAAAUAUCAUGGGAAUCAGCGACUUUAGGUUUUUGGUAUACAGAAUUAUUAGAAAGAGAUUAUCAAUUUCGACAAUGGUGUAAUAAUGGAAGACCAACUGCUUUUUGGAUGACUGGAUUUUUUAAUCCCCAAGGUUUUUUAACAGCAAUGCGUCAGGAAGUUACAAGAGCACAUAAAGGAUGGGCAUUGGAUUCAGUGGUAUUGCAAAAUUUAAUAACACGUUACAAUAAAGAAGAUAUCAAGGAUCAACCACAAGAGGGAGUUUAUGUUCAUGGUUUAUUUCUCGAAGGUGCUUCAUUGGAUCGAAAAAGUGGAAAACUCGUCGAAAGUAAAUCAAAAGUUCUUUACGAACAAAUGCCAGUGAUUUAUAUUUAUGCAAUUAACACAACAGCUGGCAAAGAUCCAAAAUUAUACGAAUGUCCAAUAUAUAGAAAACCACAGAGAACAGAUCAAAAAUAUGUGGGAUCAAUUGAUUUUGAGACAGAUUAUAAUCCACGACAUUGGACAUUACGAGGUGUUGCCUUACUAUGUGAUAUCAAAUAGAAAAUUUGUUAUUUAAAAAAUAUAUUACAUUAUUAGGAAGACCGUACGUAAAUACAUCACAAAAUUUUAAUUUUAACUUAAUUUAUUUAUAUUAUUUUAUUGAGUUAUAAUACUUAUUUAUUACAUAUAUUUCUCUUUCAACAAAAAAAAAUAUAUAUAUACAUAAAUUAAUUUCACGAGACUUUCUUUUACAAUAAAAAUUUUUUUAUCACUACCGAUAGACAAUUUAAUUUUUUAACAUGCUAAAAAUGUCAACAUUUUAAAUAUAAAUUCCACAAGAAAGAUCUCAUUUAAUUAAUUUUUAACAUUAACAUAAUCUAGUUAAUAAAUCAUAAAGAAUUAUUUAUAUUCUUGCAUCAAUCCAAGAAUUUAUUACAGUCGAAAUUAAUAUUAUAUUAAAAGCAAUUUUUUUGCUCAAAAAAAAAAGUAAUUUAAAAAAAAAAUUGUUAUACAACUAAAAAUUAAUUUUCUUUUUCUUUAAAUCAAAAAAAUCAUUAUGUUGAGAAACAAAGAAAUACAUAUAUUUUUUUUUAAUAAAACAAAAAUGAAUGAAAAAGCCAUUAAAUAGCCAGAACAA